GAUCUGUCUGGAAGAAGAAUUGAAGUGUUUAUGAAGGAAAGGAAGAUUGUUAUUUAUAAGCAUUGGAGGCUGGAUGCAUUCCAGGAAGAGACAUGUCAAUCAGAUGUCAAGCUUGUGGCUACUGACUGGGCCAAUUUGGCAACCUAGUUGUGAUGGGAUAUAUAUGGACCCACUUUUGGCUUGAGAGGUUACCUCAUGCAUUUUCUGGUUCUCCUACAGCCAGAUGGCUCCUGGCAGCCCAUGAGGUUGUAACUGGAACUUUCUUCCUCUGGUGUUCGUCUCUUUGCACAGUGCUGACUCCCCCUUUUCUGUCCCAACCAAGACAAGAAACCUAAAUCUGUGGUUGUGAUAAGGUUGUAAUCUCAUCCACACUCUUGAAAGUUCCCUGUCAAUUGACUGCAAAUUGUUCAUUCAAUGAUGGAAGGGAACUUCCUUCUGUUGUCUGAUCCAUAUGCAAUCAAGAGGAUAUAAUGGUAUUGCUUGCAUGGUGCUAAGUUGUUGAUCUGGACGCAGUUGUUAGCACAUCCGAGUCUCUCUUUCUCUCAGAACUUGCAAUAGCAGAGCUCAACGAGGAAGGAAAAGUAUCAUUGUAAAAUAGCAUUCAUGCAUAUGGACCUGGAGCAUUGCAGGAGUUUCUUCACCGACUUAUUGAAAUGGAAAGGAAAUAGCUCACAUCUGAAUCAACUAGUGAAGUUAAUGUUUGAGAGCAAUUUCAGUUCAUGGAUGGAGUGCAAAACUACUAAGAUAGCCACCUUGUGAAUCAGCUGCAGCCUACUAGUGCUCACCGUCACUGGUUGCUCGGCCAUUGAUUGGAGAAGAUUUUUGCUUGAAUUGUCUUAUAAGAUAUAAAUACAUGGACUUUUUUCUUCAGGCUUUAUCAUAAAACGUUGUGUCAAAUACCUUAAAAUGUUUGGUUAUCCAUUGGUUGAGAUCAUGCAGGUGAAAUAGAUAUUGUCGCUCUUCAGAUACCAGCAAUUUCUAAAAUUUGGACACGGAAUUGACAACAACCUCUUUUGGGAUAAUUCUUGGAUGAGAGUCUUCACAAUUGUACUUAUAAUCCAAACUUGAAUACUGACCUCUGAGCUGUCCACUGAUAUCAACUUCAUCUAUCAUCUGUAUAUGGUUAGGCAACCAGCUUGAAAGACGAAUGGAUAUAUCAGGAUUGGAAGGUCUAUAUGGAUUUUAGAUAUCUGGUUCAUUGCUUUGUAUUUUGCUGGUUUCUACCUCAUCCACCUAUUCCAAUGUUGUGCAGAUGGGAUCAGACAUUUUCUUUUCUUCCAGGAACAGCUGUCUUAUGAGGACCUAUGAUGACUCCUUCCCAGUAUCUUCCCAUAGCAACAAACUGGUUUCACAUCUUUAAUCACUGCUUCUAUGGUUGUGGUACAUAUCCUGAAAUAUAUCAUAAUUCAAUUGUACAAGAUGUGCAUGAUUGUUGUUUAGAUUGUUGGGUUUCACACUCAUGAGGAGUGUUUCUUCUGCUAUUGAAGAUUCUUGCAGGGAACACAUGCAUUAUUGGGAUUGGGAGAACUGGCAGGGAGCAGCUCUGAUGGUGGGUCACCAAGCAACUACAGACUUCCCACAUGCAGGAGGAAAUUGGCAGAGUGCAGCUUCCAUGGAGUCACGAAGCAACUCUAAGCUUUUUACCUCCAUGCAAUGCUCAAACACACCAAAAAAGGCUACUACUGCAUCUUGUAGUGUAGUAUGGGUAGCAAAGUUUAAUGGUCCACUGCAUCCUCUAGCCCUUGUUAUUUAAAAGCUGGUGGUGUACAUUGAUCUUUUGGAUCCACCUCUUCCGUUCCAGGCACUAGAAGCCAGAGUUUGUUUUACAGAUUACCACCAACCACUGUCCAACAUUCUCUUUAUCAUCAUCAUAUCUGAGAAUAAGGUCUUCUGAAGAGAUGAUCAGAAUGAGGAGGAAGCGUCAUGAGAAUCCAAAAGAGGAUAAAAAGAAGGAACACCAUGGUGAUCAUGCUUGAACAAGUGAGUAGUUUCUGCCGUGCAUGCUGACACAAGUUCUUCUGCCUGGUUGCCUGUUUCUUCUGCAUAUGGAAUCCGUCUCUUUCAUUGUGCUUCCAUCUCCCAGCCUACUCUGAGCAAGGCGCAAGAGUAAGUCACCUCUCACGGGUGAUAUCCCAAAGAAGACAAGGGCUCUCACGUGGGGGAAGGGGCCAAUGACACGCCCUCUUAUUUAUUGAUUGGGAUGCGUGCUACCACAGUUCACAUAUAUGAUGCUCUUAGUGGUCCAUCACCAGAUUUGUUCUCCCCUCCUCUGCCAUCCAUCAGAGACACCCACCUAUUACAGCUUCUCUUUUUCGUGUGAUGAUAAUAUAGGCUGUGUUCGAUGCGUUUGCCAAUGCAAAUAGAGCGCAUUCCCAAUAAUUUAAUGACGCAGUGAUGAACUUAUUUUGUGGGCCCUAAGAUGGAUGGCAAGAGAUCUUCCACAGCAGCUCCUCCAUUAAGGUCUACCACAUUGAGUGUUUGCUCUCCAUGUGUCAUGCGUACAUGGGAAGACCUGCUUCGAUCAAUCAAAUGCAAAGCCCAUUUUGUUUGGAGUUGUAGUAUGUACUCACUGCUCGGCCAGGGAUCUACCUUGGAUUCAUGUAAGUCAACGGGGUGCCUCUCUCGGAUCUGACCUGGAGCUGCCAUUUUGUUGCACUGGGUCAUUGGAUUCUCCUUUGGAGCCCUUAUUAUGCGUUUUCCCUUGGUUGGGUAGCUCAUCAAACGCUAUGAGGAGAAUAUAGUCCUUGAUGGAAUCUUCUCUGCAUAUGGAAGGGAAUGUCAAUCCUACUGGUGCGAUGGACUGGCUGGAGUUGCCAUGGUUGCUAGAGACAUGGUAAUGGAGCAUGUAGGAUCAGAAUACGCACAGUGAGAGAGAAGGGGAAGGAGGGAAGAAGAUGUCUACUCUUUGGUUCACACUGAAGAGAUCUCUCCACUGCAGGUCUGACCCUUCUGAUGUCCACGAGCCAAAGGCCAGGGGCCAUCUUGGCACCAUCUUGUCCAGGAAGACAUGCAGGUCUGGUUGCUCCAGAUCCAUGGCCAACCUCCGAGAUGUAAUCCAUGGAGGCAGGAGGCAGAUUGAGAGGCCAAGCUGCUGCAGCCCAAGGUCUAUUGGGAGCAGUGAGGUCCUGAACCCCAUUGCCCAUGAGGUAGUUCUCAGUGACUCCGGGUGUGAGCUCAAGAUAACUGGAUUUCGGAGUCACUAUGACGGUGGUGGUGGCGAGGUAGGAUCCACGUUUGUGGGCACCCUCAGGCCUGGGACUCCCGGCCCCGGAGGAUGGAGCACCAGUCCUCCAAGAAAGGCUAAUCGGCUUCUCGCCGAUCGAGAGGGUUAUCCCCUUUGGGGUUCUUCACUUUCUAAUGAUGUUCUUGGCAACGUCGGAGCUAAUCAUUUUCCUUUGGAAGCCAGGUCUUAUGCUGGGGCUGCCACUCCUACAAUCUGCCAUAGAUGUGGUGACCAGUUUGGGAAAUGGGAGGCUUUGGAGGCACAUCAUCUGUCCAAGCAUGCAGUUACUGAACUACUAGAAGGCGACUCUUCUCGGAAGAUAGUAGAAAUAAUAUGCAAGGCAAGUUGGUUGAAGUCUGAGAGCAGUUGUGGACGGCUAGAACGGGUCCUAAAGGUCCAUAACAUGCAAAAGACUCUCACUCAGUUCGAAGAAUACCGGGAAAUGGUAAAGAUUAGAGCCAGCAAGCUUCCCAAAAAGCAUCCACGAUGCUUGGCUGAUGGAAAUGAACUGUUAAGGUUCUAUGGUACAACAGUCUGUUGUUCUCUUGGCAUAAAUGGUUCUUCAAACCUUUGCACAUCAGAUAAGUGCAAUGUUUGCCGCAUUCUAAGACAUGGAUUCUCCAAAAGAAAAGAGAUGAAGGGAGUCCUGGGAAUGUUCACAACUUCCACUAGUCGCAGAGCACUAGAAUCAGUUCAAGUACUUGAAGAUCACCCUUCCAUAAGAAAAGCCUUGCUGAUAUGUAGAGUCAUUGCCGGGAGGGUUCACAAGCCAAUGGAUAAAUUACAGAAUUUGACUGGUCAGUGUGGGUUUGAUUCAGUGGCAGGAAAAGUAGGUCCUUAUGCAAGUAUCGAGGAGCUCUACCUUCUCAACCCACGGGCUCUUCUACCAUGUUUCGUGGUAAUCUGUAAACCGUGAAGAGAUUCGAACUGAUACUUCUUUUUGCAGCAGUGCUUUUGAUACCCAUGAAACAUUAUUGUUUUAGAGGGUUGGUUUUUUGUUGCGGAGGAUUUCCAAUCCAUGCACUUUGUCAAAUUUAGGUUUGCCUCA